CGGGUUACAGGGUAGCAGGUGAGCCAUGUCUUUCCAUUCCGGACGAGGGUGUCCCCGCGGCCAGGGGGGACCAGGAGCACGAACUUCAACACAGACCUACCGACCUCAGAACCUACGGCAGCUUCACCCACAGCAGCCCUCUGUGCAAUACCAGUAUGACCAGCAAACGGCCCCUCCGACAACCUAUUCAAACCCUCCAGCCACUGGUUACAUGCCUCCCAGGCCAGACUUUGUGCCGUAUCCUCCUCCAGUGCCCCCUUCCACACAGAGUCCCAUCAGCCAGUGUCCCAUGAGGCCACCUUUUCCAAACCAUCAGAUGAGGCAGGGUUUCCCAGUGCCUCCGUGCUUCCCUCCCGCUCCUCCACCAGUGCCAAAUCCUAGCAAUACUCCUGUGCCAGGAACUCCGACGGGGCAAAACACAUUUCCUUACAUGAUGCCGCCCCCGACAGUACCGCAUCCUCCCCCACCCCCAGUCAUACCGCAGCAAGUCAACUACCAGCCUGUUUACUCCGCAGGGUAUUCACAGCAGUCAUUCCCCCCUCCGAACUUCAAUAGCUAUCAGCACAAUUCCAGCUCUUUCCAGAGCAGCGCUACCAACAGCAGUGGCAGCAAAAAUCAGUACCAGGCAGAGAAGUCGCAAAGCGAUCGACGGUCUCCAGAGAGGAGCAAGCAUUACGACGAGCACCGGCAUCGUGAGCAUGGGCACCUCCACAGUGACAGGCAUCGGUCGAAUAACCAUGGGGACCGGCGGGAUCGAGGCCGGAGUCCAGACAGGAGGAGGCAAGAAAGCAGUCGGCACCGGACAGAUUAUGACAGAGGAAGAAUAUCACCUCACCAUAGAAGUUAUGAGCGUAGCAGGGAGCGGGAGAGGGAGAGGCAUAGGCACCGUGAUAGCAGAAGAUCACCAUCACCAGACAGAUCCUACAAAAAGGAUUACAAGAGAACAGGAAGCCGCUCUCCAAGCAGAGAGAGAAAGAGACCCCGAUGGGAGGAGGACAGAGAGAGGUGGUCUGAGAGCCAGAGUACCAGCAAAGAGAAGAAUUAUACCACUAUCAAAGACAAAGAGUCAGAGGAGAACGCAUCUGAAAAAAAUGAAGAGGAAGAUGAUGAAUUACUUAAGCCAGUCUGGGUUCGCUGUACCCAUUCUGAAAGCUAUUAUUCAAAUGACCCUAUGGAUCAAGUGGGAGACUCUACUGUGGUAGGAACAAGCAAGCUCAGAGAUCUGUAUGAAAAGUUUGAGGAGGAGUUAGGAAGGCGGCAGGCAAAGGCCAAAGCAGCCAGGCCACCAUGGGAGCCACCAAAGACCAAACUGGAUGAAGACUUAGAGAGCUCCAGUGACUCAGACUGUGACUCUGAUGAUGACAGCAGCUGUUCUAGCAGUUCGGAUUCUGAAGUUUUUGACGUCAUCGCAGAAAUUAAGCGUAAAAAAGCACACCCUGAUCGUCUUCAUGAAGAACUAUGGUACAACGAUCCGGGACAGAUGAAUGAUGGACCGCUGUGUAAGUGCAGUGCUAAAGCCCGACGAACAGGAAUAAGACAUGGCAUUUAUCCUGGUGAAGAGCCCAUUAAACCAUGUCGACCCAUGACCAACAAUGCUGGAAGACUAUACCACUAUCGAAUUACAGUGUCACCUCCCACGAACUUCCUAACAGACAGACCUACUGUUAUUGAAUACGAUGACCACGAAUAUAUCUUUGAAGGGUUCUCCAUGUUUGCACAUGCCCCACUAACAAAUAUUCCUUUAUGUAAAGUAAUCAGAUUUAACAUUGACUACACAAUUCAUUUCAUUGAGGAGAUGAUGCCUGAGAAUUUUUGUGUGAGAGGUCUUGAGCUGUUCUCUUCUUAUCUAUUCAAAGAUAUUUUGGAGCUCUAUGACUGGAAUCUUAAAGGUCCUUCGCUUGAAAACGAUUCUACUUGUUGCCCCAGGUUUCACUUCAUGCCGCGAUUUGUGAGAUUUCUUCCAGAUGGAGGAAAAGAAGUACUGUCGAUGCAUCAGAUUCUUCUCUACUUGUUACGAUGCAAUAAAGCUCUGGUGCCUGAAGAGGAGAUUGCCAACAUGCUUCAGUGGGAAGAACUGGAAUGGCAGAAAUAUGCGGAGGAAUGCAAAGGGAUGAUCGUUACCAGCCCUGGCAUGAAACCCAGCUCAGUUCGUAUUGAUCAACUGGACCGCGAACAGUUCAAUCCUGAUGUAAUUACUUUCCCCAUUAUUGUCCACUUUGGGAUACGACCUGCUCAACUCAGUUAUGCUGGAGAUCCUCAAUACCAGAAGCUGUGGAAGAGUUAUGUGAAGCUGCGUCACCUGCUGGCUAACAGUCCCAAAGUCAAACAGGCUGAUAAACAGAAAUUAUCGCAAAGAGAGGAAGCGCUGCAGAAGAUCCGGCAGAAGAACACGAUGAGGCGUGAGGUGACUGUGGAGCUAAGCAGCCAGGGAUUCUGGAAAACCGGGAUUCGCUCUGACGUCUGCCAGCAUGCAAUGAUGCUUCCUGUCCUCACCCACCAUAUUCGCUACCAUCAGUGUCUCAUGCAUUUGGACAAAUUGAUAGGCUACACUUUUCGCGAUAGGUGCUUGCUGCAGCUUGCCAUGACUCAUCCAAGCCAUCACUUAAACUUUGGAAUGAAUCCAGACCAUGCCAGAAAUUCCUUAUCCAACUGUGGAAUUCGACAACCAAAAUAUGGAGAUAGAAAAGUUCACCAUAUGCACAUGAGAAAAAAAGGGAUAAAUACCUUGAUAAAUAUUAUGUCCCGUUUGGGUCAGGAUGAUCCAGCUCCUUCCAGGAUCAAUCACAAUGAGCGUUUGGAAUUUCUGGGAGAUGCUGUGGUGGAGUUUUUAACAAGUGUCCACUUGUACUACCUGUUUCCCACUCUGGAGGAAGGGGGAUUAGCUACAUAUCGCACUGCCAUCGUACAGAACCAACAUCUGGCCAUGUUGGCUAAGAAGCUGGAACUGGAUCGAUUUAUGCUUUAUGCUCAUGGUCCGGACCUUUGUAGGGAGUCAGAUCUCCGCCACGCCAUGGCCAACUGCUUUGAAGCCCUAAUAGGAGCUGUUUAUUUAGAGGGGAGCCUAGAAGAAGCGAAACAAUUAUUUGGACGUUUACUCUUUAAUGACAAGGACCUGCGGGAUGUAUGGCUUAAUUAUCCACUACACCCACUCCAACUGCAAGAGUCCAAUACUGACAGACAACUCAUUGAGACCUCUCCAGUUCUUCAGAAGCUCACAGAGUUUGAGGAGGCAAUUGGAGUAAUUUUUACUCAUGUUCGGCUACUAGCACGUGCGUUCACUCUGAGGACAGUGGGUUUUAACCAUUUGACUCUAGGCCACAAUCAGAGGAUGGAAUUCCUGGGUGACUCCAUAAUGCAGUUGGUAGCCACAGAGUAUUUAUUCAUACAUUUCCCUGAUCAUCACGAAGGGCACUUAACGCUGUUGAGAAGUUCUCUGGUGAACAACAGGACGCAGGCCAAAGUGGCAGAAGAGCUGGGUAUGCAAGAAUUUGCCAUCACUAAUGACAAAACAAAGAGACCUGUAGCUCUUCGGACUAAGACUUUGGCCGAUCUCUUGGAAUCCUUUAUUGCUGCCCUGUACAUUGAUAAAGAUUUGGAAUAUGUGCACACUUUCAUGAAUGUAUGCUUUUUUCCACGUUUAAAGGAGUUUAUUUUAAAUCAAGAUUGGAAUGACCCUAAAUCUCAGCUUCAACAGUGCUGCUUGACUCUCAGGACAGAAGGAAAAGAGCCAGACAUUCCUCUUUACAAGACUCUGCAGACUGUUGGACCUUCUCAUGCCAGGACAUACACAGUAGCUGUUUAUUUCAAAGGCGAAAGAAUAGGAUGUGGUAAAGGACCAAGUAUUCAGCAAGCGGAAAUGGGAGCUGCAAUGGAUGCACUUGAAAAAUAUAACUUUCCCCAGAUGGCCCAUCAGAAACGGUUCAUUGAACGGAAAUACAGACAAGAGUUGAAAGAAAUGAGGUGGGAAAGAGAGCAUCAAGAGAGAGAGCCAGAUGAAACUGAAGAAGCAAGGAAAUAAAAGGAGGGCACGGAAGCAGUGGCAUAUUUACUUACUUAAUAACUCUGACUGUGGCCUUUGGAGACCUAACCUAGUUUCUUGCGGAUGAUGAAUGAAGUGUGCCUGUUGGGUAUCAAAUACAAAAUCAUAAUCUCUCCUUUAAAAAGUGUGUGUAUAUAGAGAACAUUUCUUUAGUUUGGUUUUAACUACAAACUUUGUUUUUUUCUCCACUGAGAUUUGUUUUUAAGUCUUUAUAAUUUUAAUGAAAAGCUGUGGGAUUAUUUUCGUUGUUUUUAAUGUCUUAUAUGAAAUAAUAAAAUAAUAAUUUCAAAAAUCUGUAGGAAGAAAAACUGUUUAACGAAUGUUUCCUACGUCCAAAUGUUAUUGUGUCAGCGAUCAGCAAAGUUAUUGCAUGAACUCAGCUACAGAGGAAGAAAGUGUUGUGACAUUAAUUCAGCAGAGCACUUAAGCAUGUACCUCACCCAAAUCUUGCAGCUAAAGGUACUUCUUGACUCUGCUAAACCAGAGUCAUAAAUUUCUGGUCAGUAGAUUGGUAAAGUAACUUUAGCACAGGAAAUACUUUUGUUAUAAGCAGUGGAACUAGGUUUCCACUGAAGAGUGACACUACUGUGUGUGGAAGGUUGGAUUUUUGGUCUUUAAGUCAGUACUGUAAAAUUCUGGAAGGGGAAAAAAAAAACAUGGUAAUUAUAAAGCAAAGGAAUGAUAACUUUGUGUACAGAAUGUACUGAAUUUACAAAUUUUGUGUCAUUUUCAACUUGUUUUUUAUCAUACUGAUGCCUACUUUAAUAGGUUCCUUUGUCCAGAAGAUAAUCAGUGUGGUCCUGAGGGUCAAAUGUUGUAUUUGAGACUCCAUACAGAUACUGUUCGAAAUAAGUCCUUUGAAAACCAGUUGUAUCCAUAGGAGGGCAGGAUUUGUUCGCUAUUUACAGUUCAAAAAUGGAGUAGAGUUAAAGUCCACAACAUCCAUUUCUGCUGUGUAUGAUUUUGCGUAUGGACAACCAAUAUACACCACCCAGUUACCUUUAUUUUUGAAGUCUGUGGCUUGCAUUAGGCAGAAAAACACUUCUUAGAAAACAUCUGAUUCUUAUUUUGAGGUACCAGGCAGUGGAACAUCCACUGUGUCUGUUGGUGGUUUGUCCCCCUGAUUACUGGGUUCAUUGUAAACAUUUGUGCAUUAUUCCUAUUUUUAAUUUUCCUGUUUCAAGCCAUUUAUUUCUGUAAUUCUAUUUUCUACUAGCUUAAAGAGUCUCUUACUGUCAUUGUGUUCUGCCUGUGAAGGUGCUGAUUUGCUGUAGUCAAGUCACCUUUCCCUCUUCCUUUUUCUCAUUAGCAAAACAGAUGCAACUCUUAAAACAUUUUAUUUUCUUCCUCCUUUGGAUCUUUUUUGGUGGGUCACUUCUUUUUUUCUAGUAUGAAUAACACAGAUGUAUUUGAUGAGGCAUCACCUAGUUUCAUGAACACAGAUACAUGGAUCUUGCCCAGAAAACUCCUGCAGGCUCCUAAGAGAAAACUUUCGGCACAAGGACUUUUGACAGUGAUUUCUAGUAUUAGUUCCUAAUACUAGCUCAUCAGUUUCCUGAAGUAACUUGCUGGAGGUGUGUGACGGAGAUCCCUGAAAGCACUUUCUUGCAAAUGCCAAAGUGGUGUAGCUGAAAAAUUCAGACUACAAAAAUGUUUUUCUGAAUUUUCACCUAGGAGCUAAUGAGUACAUGCAUUUUCAUAAGCACAUUUUUUGUUCUCACACAACAUGAGCCGUGCUUACACGUGUUUUUGAAAGCUUGACCCCACAGCACUACCUCACUUCUUCCAGCUUGUACAAUUGCCUUUUCUUAAUGGAUUGGUGCUUUAAAUCUAUUUCAGACGAUGAGACAAAAAAAACAUUCUGCAAGCUGAAGAGUGAUAAUAAACCAUUAAAACAUAGAGGAGGGGGAUGAAAAAACAACACCAUAAAGGCAAGGAGCUGUUCUUUGACUUCUGAGAAGUGAUUGCAGCUCCUUACAGCUUCAGUCUGUAAAUAAAAAGCUGAAAUGUUUUUUAACAGCAGCAGGCUUACAAAAAAAAUAACAACUAUGAACCUCUUUUCCCCAAAUCUUUUGUGUUUCCAAUCCUUUUGUACAAUUACCCAUCUGCUUCUAGCAAUAGGCUGAACUGGUGCAGUGGUAGAGGGGUACAGGCUAUUGAGUACACCAUUACUUAUUUUCCCAUCUUAAGUGUGAUCAGAUCCAUGCACUUAAAAUCAGCAAUGACUUCGUUUACAGGUAUAUGAUUGCUCUGCAAAUUUCUCCUAUCAUUUAUGAUAUGACCGGAAUACCCUAGUGGAAUUUUUGGGUCAUAGUUUGAAAUUGCUUUUAUUUUCUAUGCAUAGCAUCCAACUUUUCACAUGUAUGAAUUAUUGUUAUUCAUAAACAUUUGCAUAAAAAUAGAUUGGAUUUAUCAGAUACACUGUUUGGGGAAGGAAUCCAAGACUUUUCUCUCAGAUAGUUCUUGUUAGAUGCAGAAAUUGGUUUUUUUUUUUAAAAAAAAAAAGCUAACAUUUAAAAUGAUUUCUGUAUUCUAUUAUUACAGUUAACAGAUCUUUGGUCUUCCACUAUAAAAUGUAAAAGAUGACCACUUUUCAUGUCUGUGGUGUAUUUUCCAUUUACCAGGUGCAAAAUGCCAAAAUAUAGGCUAGGGAGAGUUCCUGAAGAAAUCUUGUUUUCCUUGUCCUGGAAGGCAGAAAACUAAAAUGGAAAAGAAAUGAAUCAAAAGAUCACUUUGUGUGCAAAACACAGUGGAUCGGAAUACUUUCAGUCGUUUAGAUGGAUGUCUGCAGUAGCUAACGUGAACACAAUAUCGAGAACGGGCAAGGGCGAUAGUCGCCGGUGCAUACCAAGGGCACAAGCGGUCCAAGAACGAGAACGCGACGUGCCCCUCAACAGCGAGAUUUAGGGGUGCCUGAGAGGAGCCGUUGUUUCCGAUGCUUAGCCAUGACUGUCGACACCUCUCGCUAUGCAGCCCGAACGACAGGAAAGGAACUGGAGAGCGCAUGAUCCCUGAGCACAUCGAGAGAAAUCGAUGCGUCCUGACAGGGGCUGAGAGCUCUGGCAGUUGUGGCCUAGCCAAAUGUCUGGAAAAUGAGACUCUUCGAGGCCUGGCCAAACUGAGCAUGGUCCAUGGGGAGAGUGUCCGGGGCCUCCCAAGAGCCACACUGCUCCGUGAGCGAAACCUAGGGAGGCCAGGCCACAUCCAGAGGAAUCGAUGCCUCUCGAUAGGGAUCGAUAUCGAUACCCAUCAACAGGGGAAUAAGGAUAGAGAUUGAGAUUUUUGUGGCCCAGCAGGUCCUCCUCCUUGAACAGAGUUGCAAUAUAUAAUGCACUUUAUUUAAUUAGAGUUUUCACUGAAGAUAGAUAUAAAAAAAUCAUAAUUCUUAUUAGCAGGGUCUAAGUUCACUUGGUGAGAUUUCAGUUUCUGCAAGAUUAUUAAAUGAUGAUUUGAAGAGAAGCUUUGACUCUAAAUUGCUUGUGUAUAUUGUUGUUACUAAAAUUUUCCAAAAGAGACUUCAGUUAUGGCUGUUACUCCCUAAAAUAAUUCAGAAAGAUCAAAAGACAAAUCCUGAUCAUCUUUCUUCUACUUCAAAGACUAUAUUUGAUUAUACAGGGUAUAUAUUUACAUGAAUUAGGUGGUUCACUUGUAAGAUGUUUCUGUUUGGUGGAAAUUUAUAUAAGGGCUAUAAGGAGCCCUAGAAGGUCCUAGGGAGUUGAACAUACACAUGGUAUACUGUCUGUGGUGGGGACUGUAUUAUGAUAGAAAUUUCUUUAACUCGUACAUCCCACCUACCCCACCCUGCUAGCAUAGCAUUGGGAUAGACAUCCUGGAGUCUGCUGUUUGUGUUGCUUCAUUUAUAGCUUGGCAACUAUGCCAAAUAACCUGGAAAGUCGCUGGCAGAAUAAUGACCUCACAUUUUCUUAUACACCAAAAAGUAAAAUUAUCAUAAUUCAGUAGGUGGAGCAAGGAAUCAGAUCCCUCAUCUGUCACUACCAUGUCUCAAUAUCCUUUAUUCUUACUGCAGAACUACUCAUUAGACUGUCACUCAUCUCAAAUGCGUUUUGUUUGAAAGCCAGAAUAAAAACUUGUAUUUUGAAGACAUACUCUCCCUUUGAUGUAUAAUAACUCCCAUUAAAAUGAGGUGCAAAUCUAGAGGUAUACUGGUCACUUUGAAUUAUAGGCUGGGUGGAGACUUUUAGCUUAUUGAGAAUGGUCUUUUGUAAAUUUUCCUUUCCUUUCCCCUCCCCCCCCCUCAUAUUCUUAGGUAUUUUGUGUUCCCAGCUUGAACUGCAGAUUAUAUGUUUCUUAGCAAAUUUGUCAUGUUUACCUAAGUACUUUGUCUACCUAGGAAUGAAAUGCAAGGUAAGACCAUCCAUUACAAACUUUGUUUAGUGUUUCUUUGUAUUCCUGUUUUAAAGCAGUU